AUGGCGAAUGCAAGCGCUUCGGCGCCGCCAUUGUCGACUUCGCCGCCACGGCAUUGGGGGUCUGACCUGCUGCUGCGCAAGGUCCCACUCUACGCCCAGGCACGGCAGUACGCCAAUGUCGAUCCUGACGACACGUGGUCAGAGGGAAACACACUCGGCUACGGGCCGAGCAGCUACCCACUUCUGGCGGCGGUGCGCUCGUGCUACGACAUGGUAAAUCGUGACGAGGUAGACGCUGACACCUCAUCAAAGCUGCGAGUGACCACCGCAUUAGUUGACCGCUCUCCCUUCUGCGGCAUCGACAGAGCUGGAUACGCCCAUGUGCCGGCACAGCGCAAGUGGGCGUCCACAAAUCCGCUGGUGGCAGAAUCGGCUUCGCGGAACUCGGAGCAGCCAACGGCCCUGGUUCGCCGCGCUGCUGCCGCCGCUGUGUUGGAUGACGCCCUCGGCCCCGCAACUCUGGCACAGGUGCUGGAGCCGUGGUUUGGCGUCAUCGAGGAUUGCCUAUGUGCUAGCGCGCAACAGCAGCAGGUCGAAGAGCGCGUGCGACCAGAGGGCAGGAAGGCAAAAGAGAAGGCAGCCAAGAGGAGUGACAACGGCGCAGCGGGAGCACCAGAGGACGGCGAUACCGCCGAUAAUGACACUGUGCGAGUCACUGACGCGGACGUGUUGCGCAUGCUGCGCCGCAAGCGCAUCUACAAUCGGGAAGACGAAACUCACGGUGCCGUGUACACCCGGCUCGAGAGCGUCAUUCUGCAUUACAGUGCGGCGACACCGGAAGAAAAAGAGAUGCUGCGGAUCUCGCGAGUAGCGAGUAGCGACCCUUCCGCGGCGGUGCUCAUCCCUGGCCAAGGCAACACGGCAACGGCGCCGUCGCAGGAGACGUGGGGCAGUCGUAUGCUGUCGCUCGUUACGUCUACCGUGGCUGCGGAGGCCGGCGGUGGUGCCGCGCGACGCAGCGACGAGGAGGCCGAACAACAGCAGAAGGUCCUGGCCUACCUGAAGCGUGUGCGCUGGAUUGCUACGCAGUGGAGCAGCACCACAAACCAGAUGGCGCUCAAGGACGCUGGAGCGUCGGCACCGUCGUGGGGUCAGAUGACAGAGGCCCAGCGUGUGAAGGUGGAGAUGCUGCACACACAGAGGCAGCGCCGCCGCUUCCGGCGUCCACGUCGUGGUGGUGAUAGAACCAAAGGUAACGGCAACGACGCCGAUGCUGUGGAGAACUAG